AUGCAAAUGCAUCAUACGCUACUACUGUUUCUUCAUAUCGCUCCUACGAUUGCGCUGAUACCGAACUUAACUCAAGACAAUGACCAUCACAACAACACCAUCUACUCUCUCCCUUCAAAUGGUGUUAUUAGUACCAAAUCGUUGUAUCAAUCACGCGUGUACACAACCGUAGCAUUCAAGAAAAGCAUAAGUGCCAACAACACGUCAGCAAUAGACACAAGCCAUACAACAGACAAUGAGAAUGAAGAAAGAUGGAUUGGGGAUGCAUUGUUACACAGCUUACGUGAUAUGAUCUAUAAGCUUGCAUUGAAAUUGAAUGUGAGUCCAAGAUUCAUGUAUUAUCUUAUGGGUGUUGGCUUCACACAUCUUCACUUUCGCAAUGUACGGUCGAAUGUUAUGAGCUGGCUUCAUUACGUCAAGGGGCAUAGUCUUCGUAAUCCAAGUACAAAAGAAAGUUUGUAUCACUCGGAAAGCAAACUUUACGGAUUGCUACGAAAGGCAAAUCCAGAUAAUAAUCUCGCAGCAUUUUUUCGCUUACUUCGAAAAUCUCCACAACAUCUCGAGUUAGGACAUAAGAUGGAAAAGUUUAUGGCUUCACGCACAUCCACAGGGGCUUCAAUGCGUCAAGCUUGGUUACGUGCUGGAGAUUCACCUCAUGAUCUAUUUUUCUACUUACAUCUCGAAAAUGAGGUGGAAUUGAUCGAUAAUCAAAUUAUAACUGAGUGGCUCCUCUAUUGCAAUAUGCACAGAGAUAUGGUGAAACGAGAGUUUAUACAGGACGAAGUCUUUCACGACCAAGUCAUUAACUUAUUGAAGACGACAAAAUCGAAUCAGGAUCUCGAACGUGUGUUCCAAUCGCUUUAUAAAAUCGAGGGGAUGGAGGAUUACGCAGACGAAAUGGCUGGGGCAGUGAGACGACUGAAAGAAACUCAAACGUGGCUUAAGGCACGUAAGCAUCCAAAUGAUGCUUAUCAUUCCUUAAAUCUCCAUAUUGAACCAUUGUCAGACAACAUUAAGUUUAUCCAGUGGCUUCGAUAUGUCAAUAUGUACAUGACUUUACCGGACACUUCGCCAUUCACAGUAUUAUCUGCUCUUGACAUUGUGCUUCGUGAAGGAGAUGGGGACUAUAAGCUGGCAGCACUUUUCCAAUUGAUUCAAGAGAUUCCAAAUUUACGUGAGCUUGCUCAAAAAAUGCAAUUUCAGCUCUUUAAGCGGUGGGCAGUCAAUGACACGAUAUCACCGCUUGCACUCUGUAAAAUGAGUGAGAUUUGUGCGACCAAGAUACCGAAGUUGGGGAAGUACAAUGUAGAGGUCAGCUCGGUCGCUGCUUACAUAAAAGUGUAUAUUAAAUUUCGCAGACAGGAAGAUUUAUUGAAUGAAGUGAUGCCAAUGCUCGACAAAGACGACGUAUAUGGUGCUGCUUAUCUAUUGGCGAAGGAAAAGUUAGACUAG